GAGAGGCUGGGCUUCGGGAGCUGGGCGGGGAGGGAGAGGUGGGCUGAGGCGGGCCGCCGGGUGGAGGGGGAGGAGGCAGCGCUCCUUUCGGCCUCCAGGGGGAGCCUGGCCGCGGCGGUAGCCCUCCGCUCACUCCUCUCCCGGGCUGGCCCCGCCCCCUCCAGUACCUCCGUUCCCCGGCUACCCAGGAAGGCCGUGCGGGUGGUGAGAGCUGCUUUCGCUUUCCCUUCCCUGUGCACCCUCCGCUUCUCGUGCGGCGCUAGCCCCCGCGCCCCGGCCAUGGCCAUGCUCAGGGUCCAGCCUGAAGCCCAAGCCAAGGUGGACGUGUUCCGUGAAGACCUGUGUAUCAAGACAGAGAACCUGCUGGGGAGCUACUUCCCCAAGAAGAUUUCUGAGUUGGAUGCAUUUUUAAAGGAGCCGGCUCUCAACGAAGCCAAUCUGAGCAAUUUGAAGGCCCCGUUGGACAUCCCAGUGCCUGAUCCAGUUAAGGAGAAGGAGAAAGAGGAACGGAAGAAACAGCAGGAGAAGGAAGACAAAGAUGAAAAGAAGAAAGGGGAAGAUGAAGACAAAGGUCCUCCCUGUGGCCCAGUGAACUGCAAUGAGAAGAUCGUGGUUCUCCUUCAGCGUCUAAAGCCUGAGAUCAAGGAUGUCAUUGAGCAGCUCAACCUGGUCACCACCUGGUUACAGCUGCAGAUACCUCGGAUUGAAGAUGGGAACAAUUUUGGAGUGGCUGUCCAGGAGAAGGUGUUUGAGCUGAUGACCUCCCUUCACACCAAGCUGGAAGGCUUCCACACUCAAAUCUCCAAGUAUUUCUCAGAGCGGGGCGAUGCCGUGACCAAAGCAGCCAAGCAGCCCCAUGUGGGUGAUUAUCGGCAGCUGGUGCACGAGCUCGAUGAGGCAGAGUACCGGGAUAUCCGGCUGAUGGUCAUGGAGAUCCGCAACGCUUAUGCUGUGUUGUAUGACAUCAUCUUGAAGAACUUCGAGAAGCUUAAGAAGCCCAGGGGAGAAACAAAAGGAAUGAUCUAUUAGAGAGCCUCCCUUCAUUCUGUAAUGGGUCUGGCAGAGACCUUCCUAUCUUUUACAGAGGACUCCAGACUUUCCCCAACUUCAGCAUGUUGAGGUUUGUCCCCCUCUUGCCUCCCAGGCACAAUAAAUAGUCAUACCAUUGUCCUUUCA